AGACUUCGCUCAGACAGCAGCAGCUCCAGUGGAGGUUCAGGCUGUCAGCUAGCACGGUAGCCAUACAAGGCUUCAUGACAGAGGUUACCGGGGUUGACCAGCGGCACCCCAACAGACGAGCCUCAGUCGGCGCCACUGCACACCGGACACCAGGCAGAGCCACACCGCUGCCCCGCUCUCCUCAGCUCGCCUUCGUGCUCAAAGUCAACUCAAUGCUGCACUCCCGCUGCCAGCUAACGGACUGAUCCGACUGUGUUACUGCCACUUCAUGAUCCGAGCUAGCCGAGGAUCAAAACAAGGACAAAUCGCUCAAAGUUUAAGCCGCGUUUGUGUUUGACCCGGACAGUAUCCAGCAGCUGGGAGAGACGCGGGCCCCGGGGAGAGCGACUGGACUCGGGGGGCCAGGCAGCCAGGGCAGCGAGGGUGGUGGCAGGAUAAACUAGGGGGGUCGCCUCCAGCUCCUGGUGGAUUUAUCCCCUGCCAGCUAUCGUUAGCUAAGCUAGCUACAAACAGCGCCAUGGAUUGGUUGAUGGGGAAGUCGAAGACGAAGCCAAAUGGAAAGAAGCCUCCAGCAGAAGAGAAGAAGCAGUACUUGGAGCUAGAGUACACAAAAAUCCGAGUGGUGGACUUUGACCUCAAGGAGCUGGUGGUGCUGCCCAGAGAGAUAGACCUCAACGAAUGGCUAGCCAGCAACACGACAACAUUCUUCAACCUUAUCAACCUGCAGUACAGCACCAUCUCAGAGUUCUGCACUGGGGAGACCUGUCAAGCCAUGACGGCCUGCAACACAAUAUACUACUGGUAUGACGAGAGGGGGAAGAAGACGAAGUGCACUGCUCCACAAUAUGUCGACUUUGUAAUGAGUCUUUGUCAGAAACUGGUCACAGAUGAGGAAAUCUUUCCCACAAAAUACGGCAAAGAGUUCCCCAACUCUUUUGAGUCCUUGGUAAAGAAGAUCUGCCGGUACCUGUUCCACGUGCUGGCUCACCUCUACUGGGCGCACUUUAAAGAGACGGUGGCUCUGGACCUGCAGGGCCACUUGAACACUCUGUAUGCACAUUUCAUCGUUUUCGUAAGGGAAUUCAACCUGGUCGACCCCAAGGAGACCUGUAUCAUGGACGACCUGUCCGAAAUCCUCUGCACCCCGGCCCCGCCACCCGCCCCCACCCCGGCCCCGUCCACCCCAGCCUCUGCGCCCUCCCCUUCUUCACAAAACCAUGUGACGGAGAGAUGAGCGGGGGGCGGCGUUGAGACAGCAGCCCUGGGGGUGAUAGAAGAUCAGAUAGAGAAGAGAAGGAAAGACAGCCUGGCCCCCUCCUCGUCGGUGCCAGCAGGACUUUAGAGACCUUCCACUACCCUUAUAUUUCGCUACGACACCAACCAACCAGCCGGAAGAGGGGGGAGGGUUUUUGGGGGGGGUUGGGUUGGCAGGGGGGGGGUUGGGUUUGUCACGCCAGCAGGAAUUGGCGUGAGUGUUCCUCCCAGGGGCAAAUCCCUCCCAUCUUCUCUGCAAUUUAAACUAGGAACAAAAAGUAUGUGUAUGUUUUAUUUUUGGUUUUAUUUCACUUUUAUUUUUGUUGACGUUUUAUUCAGUUUUAUUUUUUUGUUGGUUGUGUGGAGGGGGGUGCGGUGUGUCCAUCGGCCCUUCACCUCCCUCCAUCCUCUACCUAACAUACAGUACAGGAAGGGGGCUCUGCUUUGCUUCAACCUACUUUUGUACAGUGUUGUUAAUGUAUGGAGAAGAGGCGUCUGUGCUCUCCUGCGGGCUCGUCCUCCCCACCCCCCUCCCCCUCCCCUGCUGCGGGAGGUGGCCUGCGGCGGGAGACGGCCAUUACGCUGGCCAGUAGGGAGCCACGUUACUGCCUGACGGGGCGAUACUAGCCAAUCACUGUUUGGGUUGUUCAUGUUGGGGAUGAUUAAAGCGCUUCCUACUCAGGACCUGAGAGAAUACGUCACUGCUGCCAGAGAGAAGUCACUCUCCUUAUUCAGUCUCUGUCCCUUAUUCACCAGACUGCUCAGUCCUUCGUAUGACAGAUGUCGAUCGUAUUUAACUACAGUAUAGUCACAUAAUCGCCUGGUGUGUCCCUAACAACCAUGUCACAGAGCCUACCUGCAGAGGGCAGCAAACAUGUAGAGAACGGCACAGAAACAGGGAGAGAAGAAACUAUAAAGAUUGUGUGUUAGAUAUUUAAUGUGAUACUUUGAGACAGACCGGUGAGGCUGAAUCAGAGCUGUUUGCUGGUGUUCAACACAGCGGCAGCCCGCUAACCCACCAGCACCACCACCAACACCCACUCCAGCAGCACAGAAGGACAAAGACAUGAGGUAAUGUCUGCAGGCCCAGGGAGGGAGAGAUGGCGACAGAAAGGAGGGGGUGGGCGUAGAUGGUGUGGAGCUUCUCUGCUGUUUAACAGUCACCAGUACUCCCAGUGAAAAACAAAAAAAUCUCCACUUCUGUUUUUUUGUUUUUAUCUGUCCCUUAAAAAUUUGCUUUUCUUAAAAAAGAUUAUCAGAGGAAAAUUAGUUCAGAAAUAAUAACAAUAAUGGUAUCAUUACACAUGUAUAGAAGAUGCACAGUCUGCUUGGACUUGGACAAAGAAUCACAAGCGGGUCCUGUCAGACAUAGCCUCUAUAUGGAGGAGGAUUGGGUUUAUAAUUCUCCUUUUUUAUUUAUUUUUUUUUUUUGCAGGGUUCUUCAGUUCUGGCUCUCGUUUUUAUGUAUUUUAAUUAUUAACUAAGUUAAAAGCAAUUUAAUAUUUUAAGCUCUGCGAAUUAUAAUCUAAUAAAAGACAGAAAUGCCA